AUGGUCGGGGGGACUUUGCAAGGAAAGGAAGUAGAUGAGUGGAUUUCAGUUCUAGAGAUCGGGCUUUCAAAACUUGAAGCGAAUCAAAACAGUGUGAUGCAAGUCUUAAAGAUAAGCUUUGAUCGUUUAUCUUCUCCAUUACUUAAAAAAUGUUUUGCCUAUUGUUCAAUAUUUGCCGAGGAUUCAGAAAUUCACAGAGAAGAUUUAAUCCAACUCUGGAUGGCGGAAGGAUUUCUUCUGGAUGAUCGAGAAAACAAUAUGGAGACUUCAGGCAAUAAAUGUUUUAACAUUUUGUUGCAAAAUUCCUUCCUGCAAGAGCCUGUAAGGGAUAUGUAUGGCAAUAUCCAAUACUGCAAGAUGCAUGAUCUUGUCCGUGAGCUUGCAUGCUCGAUUUCAAAUUCAGAAAGCUUUAAUGCCAAAGACUGCUCUAUUGAUGACAUUCCCAACGUUAGAUACCUGGCAGUGGAAUCGUUUGGAAAGGAAACUACUCGAGCAUCGAUAAAAGAGAAAGCAAGUUAUCUGCGCACAUCAUUCUCCGGCAGCAGCUUACUUGAUAAAAUUUUGCCAUGGUUCAAGCACCUGCAUGUUCUAAAGUUACGUAACGCAGGCAUUGAAGUUCUUCCUUCCACAAUUGGAAAGUUGAUACAUUUGAGAUAUCUUGAUGCUUCCGAAACUUACAAUAUAACAAAUUUGCCAGAUUCAAUUUGCAAGCUCUACAAUUUGCAAACAUUAAGGUUAAGGUAUUGUGACAGGCUUCCAGAAAGGCUAUCCAACGUGAGUAAUUUGAGACAUCUCUACUUUGAUCCUUCUGACGAUUUUCUCCAGAUGCCGCCUAAAAUCGGAAAAUUGUCUCGUCUUCAAACAUUACAAUUUUUUAUUGUGAGUGACAAGGAAGGCUACCGAAUCGAAGAGCUAGGAUUUUUGAAGAAUCUUACAGGCAAAUUGGAGAUACGCAAUCUUGAACUAGUGAAUGGUAUUGAAGAAGCUAAGAAGGCGAUUUUAGCUGGAAAGCCAAAGAUAUAUGAGUUGAGUUUUAUAUGGACAACAAACAAUGAUGAGACUGUCUCGGAAGGCAACAACAACUAUAAGAGUGUCCUCGAAGGCCUCCAACCUCACCCAAAUUUGAAGAGCAUAACAAUUGACGGUUUUAGAGGUACGAACUUUCCAUUAUGGACUAUGAGAAUGGAAGUAUUCCUUGAUGGCGGUGGUUGCUUGAAACUUGAUAAAUUGAUCAACGUCAGCUUCAGUAAUUGCAAAAAUUGUAAAGAAAUUCCCAUGUUUGGCCACCUGCCACUCCUCAAAUUUCUAACCUUGGACAAUUUGCCUAAUGUAAGAUCCAUAGAUCCUUCAUUCUAUGGUGUCAGUUAUAACAUAUCAGGGUCGAGCAACAGUAGCCAAGAGACAAGAGUAAUGUUCCCAGCACUUGAAAUACUCACUCUAAGUGACAUGCCUAACCUAACAGAGUGGGCGGAAGCUGAGCUGAUGCCAGUUGCGGAAACACGAACAUGCAGAGAGCAAGUAUUUCCUUGCCUUAAGGUUUUGAAGAUUCAACGUUGCCACAAAUUGAUUACUUCUCCAAGUCAUUUCCCUUGCUUGAAAGAAUUGAAGAUUGAUACUAUGGAUAGUGAUUUACCAUUGACAAAGAUUCUGAGUAGCAGUGACCUUACUUCAUUGGAAGAUCUCUCGAUCACGAAUAUAUCAACGCUCACUUGUCUUCCCCAAUUGAAAGGAUUCCAGAAAUAUCUUCGAAAGUUGAGUAUUCAAGGUUGUGGCAAAUUGCGAGAAUUAUCUGAUGAUCUACACAGCUUUCGGUCUCUUGAGAAAUUGGAAAUAAUUGACUGUCAAAGUCUGCAAUCAAUUUCAUGUCAAAUUGGACAAAAAGGUCCCCCUUCUCUUCGACAUUUGGAAAUUAUUCGUUGCUCUGAGCUGAGCUGCCUACCAAGUGAAAUGAUUGAAUCCAUUGAGUGUCUGGAGCAUCUAAUUGUGCGUGACUGCGGAAAACUCGUUUCUUUCUCAAUAGAUUUGGGGAAAUUGCCUUGUGUCUCUUUCUUAGUUAUAACACAGUGUCCUAAAUUGAGGACUUUGCCCAAGGGAAUUGGCCUUCUUAGCAACUUAUUAUAUUUGGGCUUUGGUGGAUUCUCAAAAUCAAUUGAUUUCAACUCAUUUCAAGCUGCUCUCGAUGGCAUCCAACAAUCCAAAUCUCUCCACAAUUUUAUUUUAUAUGGUUGGGAACAUUGGGAUUCAUUGCCAUAUCAGCUUCAGCAUCUCACUUCACUCCGCUACUUAUUCUUGAUCGAUUUUGGAUUUGACGCAUUGCCAGAGUGGUUUAGGGAUCUGUCAUCUCUGGAAAAUUUAUUUUUGUCUUCCUUAAAAAAGCUUAGGCAUAUGCCCUCUAAGGAAGCAAUGCAACGCCUCGCCAAGCUACAAAAUUUAACUGUUAUUGGCUGUCCAUUGCUGGAGAAGAGGUUGAGGGAAGAAAGAGGCCCUGAUUCUGAGUAUUCAAAGGUUUCGCAUAUUCCUUUCAUAGAAGGAAGCAUGGGGUUGGUUAGACCUGAACUGGGGUAA